ACUUCUUCCUCUUCGUUUGGACCGCCGGCGGGCGCUUCGUCGGUACACUUCGCAAAGCGAUGCCGCUGCUCCACCGAACAGCCUUCAUCCGGCAGAGACCUCCGGCGGACCUGCAGCCGGACGAGGAGGUCUUCCUCUGCAAGAUCACACACGAAGUCUUCCGGACCUACGAUGAGUUUUUUGAGAGGACCAUCCUUUGCAACAGUUUGGUGUGGAGCUGUGCAUUAACGGGUCGAGCAGGCCUCACCUACCUGGAGGCAAUGGAGAGCGAGCGGCGAGCCAGGCAGAGCCUGCAGAACUUCCCUCAGGUUCUGAUGGUACCUCUAUUCCACCUGGCUGCUCUGAGCCGCCGCUGCAGGUUGUCGGAGCUCUGUGAGGACGUUUACUCAUUCGCCAAAGACCGCUUCUUUCCUGGAGAGGUAGUGGAUGUUAGCGGACGCAAAGGAGCCAGGUAUGUCUGUGAGAUCCUGCAUGUGCACGCACCUUACUCCAGUGCUAAUGGAGCCCCGCCCACUAAUGGCCAAAACACUCAGGCUGGUGAUGAUACGAUUAUCAUCAUUGACAGUGACGACGAGAGCGACGCCUUCCAGAGUCCCACCACACACUUCAACUGGAAGAAGAAACCUCUGAGUCCGUCUCUCUUCAAAUACACAGUGAGCAACACUAAAGACGAGCACAGUAAGCCAUUUACUGUCAACGCCAGUCAGAUCAGGAUGGGAGACUGA